UAAUAUGUAAUAAUUAUGAAAUAUAAUUUCAUAUUUCGUGUCACGAGAAAGAUGAAUUGAGCCAUAAAGAUCGUACUUCAAACGCCUUCACAGUUUGAUAACCCACAGGUGUUUGCAUAUAUAAUAAUAAGCACAAUAGCUACCAUUUGUUGUGUAUUUCAUGCCUUACGGGCAUACCAUACAGACAACCCGUCGUUGGCUCGGUUCGAAUCUUGAGGUGUCGCUUUCUGAUGGUCUAUUUUUAACGAAAGGCGUCCCAAGCCAGUCAGCAAGCAGGCGCUGUAUAGGCGACGGUUUGGGCACUAUUAUAAAGCCGUGUCUGCCGGCCGUGUUUGUAAUUCAUUGCAUAUAAGUGCGGAUCUCGCUGAUCAAGCUCGAUGAUCUCGAACGGAUCUUCAUGGUGAAGAGAAGGGCACGAGGUGGAUUCUCUCGAUAGUACCAGUGGUAAACCCGUAUAGAAGUUAUUGAAAGGCCUCCGCUGCUACGGAAGUGACACUUCUCUCACCAACACGAUUGAUCCGUUCCGGAGACCCGUUCACGUAUGUAGGCGAAGCGAUCGCAAUAUCGAUAUAUAAUCCGUGUUUGGACAAUGACCUUCCUUUCGGGAAAAAUCUUUUUGCAUACUGCUGGAGUUGCGAUCUGCUGAAGACUCACAAAAAUUCACUCAGGACGCUCAAUAUAAAAAUAAAUUUCAUUUUUCUCUCUCUCUCUCUCUCUCUCUCUCUCUCCCCCUUUCGUUCUUUAUUACUCUUUUUUCUCGUUUAUAUUUUAUCAAUGAAUCGGCCGCAGUUAUUAGCUGCUGCGAGUUGCAGCAGCGGGUGGUGGCACGAUAGCAGCGGCAAUGACUCCUUCUGGUACAUUGCCUCUCGUGUUUGAACGGAUGGUGUGUGCCAGAGAACGUUUUGCAAGAUGCGAGAUUCAUUUCCCGCGGCGAGGGAGCCUUCGUCGGCGAGUUUAGGCGGACUCUGAUCACCUCCGGCAAAGUGUGUAGGCCAGGGUGUCGCGCAUUACGUAAAUAAAGCCGUGGGAAAAAUAAAUCGCGGAUAAAGAAGGAAAACAAAGUAUAAGUGAAGAAGGGAGACGACUCUACUUUCUGUGUGCAUGCACGUCGCGAUGAGGAGAGCAUCGUUUGAUAAACACGUUAACACCAAGCGCAACAUUCUGAGCAAUACCUCGUAUGGGCUCAUCAAGGAUGCGGAAUACAAGUCCAGCGUGAAAUACAGUGGCUGUCUACAAGAGAAGAAUUAUCUACAACGUAGCAUAUCAGCGGACAAUGUUGUAAUACGUUCACGCGGUUACAAACCAUCCGAUAGACACGAUCCGGUUAAAAGGAACUUCCUCGAGAAUCUUACAUCAAGAAUAUUGCACUUCGGCAUGGAAGGAAGCGAGACUACUCCGAUAAAUUUGCAAAAACUACUCACCCCGGCAUCAGAUUCUCAAGAACCACUGCAAUUAAAAAAUAAAAAAAUGUUUGCGUCUUCGUAUUUUUAUGCACCAACGCAUCCUACAGUCGAGGAUCAGGUUGAACUUGCACGUCGAAUUUCACAUUCACUCAGCGAUGUGAAAAAUGUGAAAAGUAAAGGACAAACCAUGUACGUGAAUAGGAAAAAACGAUCUGUUAAAUGGAUCCAUGAUGGUAAUGGUAUUGAGGAUGAAGAGGAAUUAACGACGACGAUUCAUAAGGAAAAGCUACCUCUCAAAUGUGUAAUGAAUCCGUGCGGAAAGGUACUGGACAUUCACGGCAUUCAAGCAUUGGGUGAAGAAGUCAAUAUUGCGCCGGUACCGAAAAAUCCGGAAAAGCUUUUCGAUAUUGUCCGUGAUUUAAAUAAUCAAAGAGGUCGUGGUGCCGAGAUAUUUGCGAAACGUAGGAAAAGAUCUGAAAAAUGGGUGGUGGACCAAGAACAACCACAGACACCCAAUACGCCUGUCACACCGAAGACGCCAACGUAUCCAGACAAAUUAGAAAUUAACGGUAACACAAAAUUUAUGACGCCUUCUUCGUUGACAUCUCGCACGCCGGUUUCCAGCAUUGAUAAACCAUUUUAUAAUCCUUUUACAAUGGAUAUCUCUCUUGACACCACAAAUAUCCCGAUAACAGACAAGCACUGUAAUGCUAACCGAUGCAGCCAUUCAAACGAGAUAAAAAAGAUUUAUCUACGAGAAAUUGCAGUGGGCACAGAUUCCGAUUUUUGUCCUGACCAUUGUCAAUCACCCAUCGUUGAAAAAUCCCGUCGUAUCGUUUUCGAUUCUACUAACAAUCGACGCACUAACAUGGCCAAUAAGUAUGUCGCAAGUAACAAUAAUAGAUAUAUUAAUAACAAUUAUCAAUCGCCGAGAAAAUCUGAUAUUUGCAUGCGAAAUUACAAUGGCAAAGACAUAAGGAUUCAACAGCGUUUCGAUAACAAGUUCAACGAUAACAUGAUUGACAAUAAGUUCGGAAAUAAGCAACAGAACGACAGACAGAUGCAGAAUGACAACGAGGAAAGCGGAUACACUCCUGUGCCAGUGAAGCAAUUGAUACAAGAAUUCGAGAAAACCUGUAGACCAGUUCUGCAAUAUAAGCAAAUCAGUCCAAAGAUUAUUCCAAUCGUACAGCAGUGCCCGUUGGAUAAUGGCAUAGCACGUUUCUUCGAGACGAAAAAUCCUGUCAAGUAUAACGAGAAAGAGAAAUACUUACGUGCACAUGGUAACUACGAAGGAUCUGCAACACUGCAGUCCCAAUGCAAUAAUCGAAUGUAUGACACAUGUGGAAGCUACAAAAAGAAGCUGCAGUCCCAAUACAAUAGUCAAUUAUGCAAAACACGCGAAAACUACGAAGGAUCAACGAAACUACAGUCCCGAUGCAACGGUUACGUUUCCACUGAUGAGAGUGAAUAUACAACGGAUGACACCGACUCCGAAGAUUGUCGGAUUGACUUGGGAUCUAUAGAUCGCGGCAAUUCAGCACCGUCUGCUUUAUUGAACUGCUGCGACAGCAGCGAGUACUCAAUCGCAUUCGAGGACGAGUACAUGGAUACUCGACGUCAUUCGAUCACCUCACAAGAGUUAGAAGCCCUUUAUGCCAACGACACGGCCACAAGAUUCGUCAAUGCCGAGGCUGAAAUGCCUCCUGAAGCAAAGUCAUUGAUGCUCUCGAUGAUCACCUCACAGGAGAAUAUACUCGAAACUAAGAAACAUUUGCGUAACACGCCAGUUUUGGAUAAUCUUUUAGGCACCACUACUCCAGAAUGUAAACUUAAUGACGUUAACCCAGAAUUAGGGAACAAAUUGUACGAGAAUAAUAACUAUACUGGACCAAAAUUAGCCAACCUGCACAAUCUGACAAAUUACAAUACAGCACCGCGUGGAUGGAAUCAAUCAUUCACGUUUUAUCGGCCUAUUAAAUUCGAGAAACCGCAAGAGAUUAUGUAUUCUGAUUUUUAGGCAUACACUAUAAUAAAUUUUAUAAUUAUAACCCUUUUACAUAUCGGUACUGAAAGAUCAAUCGUAAAUCUAAUUCCUCUGAGGCAUCGACAAGAAUUAAUAGAAUAUACUUUCCGCACUGUUGCGUUAAUUUUUACUAGCACCAUGAUUUAAACCUACGAACCAUUCAAAUAUUUUCACCAUGAAUAAACAUAUCGCGAUAUGAUUGCGCCGUAUCCGCGGCAUGUUUAAAGUUUGCUUUGGUGUACCUCUAUCUCUUCUAUCCCUUAUUGAGAUAUUUAACUUUGUUCAUGCUUUGA